GAAUGUGUAUGAUGGAAGGGUGGAUGCAAAUGGUUCCCUUAUCCACUCUCCCUCCCACUCCACCAAAAUCCAAAAUCCCAACCAAAACUCCCACAUUUCAACGUACUACCACUCUUUCAAAAACAUGGCUGAAGCUGUCAUGGGCUUCACCAUUAUCAAACCGCAAAUUCACAGCUCUCUUCAAACAACAAAAUUGGUCACAAACCCAUGUUCAAGAUUGCUAAGACAGUGUUCAAGCUCUGGAUUUUUCAAUGGGGGGAUGCAGCUUGAAGGCGGGAAGAGCGGGAGAUCCUCUUCGUGUAAAGCCUCUGCUCUCCCUGAUUGGCAUCUGAUGGCAGUUCUUGUUCAGCAUAUGGAAGGCCAAAGAGACCUUGUAACCUACAAAUCUGUUGUGCAUCUCAGCGAUCAAGCCAUAAAGAAUGUCUAUGCUUUUUAUAUCUUUUUCACUUGCUGGGGAUGCAUGUUCUUUGGUUCAAUGAAGGAUCCUUACUAUGAUUCAGAGCAAUAUAGAAAAGAUGGAGGAGAUGGUACUGGAAAUUGGAUAUAUGAGAAGCAAGAUGACAUUGAAGAAUCGGCAAGAGCUGAGUUGUGGCGGGAGGAGUUGAUCGAGGAGAUUGAGCAGAAGGUUGGAGGGCUGCGUGAGCUGGAGGAAGCCGGCAAGAAAGAGGAGCUUGUCAAGUAGUGAUUUUCUGUGCUAUGUUUUCAUGCUUUACCUGUCAUUGAUAAGAAGCACAUUGUGUAUUUAUCUAUAAAGAAAAAAGAAAUAAGGUAAGGUGCUUCAAAUAAUUAUUUCUUCUUUCUUUCGUUUUUUCUUCUAAGUAAUACAAAGGAAAGGGCUAGGGAAGGAAGGGGGAUAUCUUUGUCCAAGUGCACAAAUUAGUACUUUGCUACCCAAUCAUGAUUAAUGUGAAAUUCUAUUUCAUUUCCAAAUUAUAUAUCA